AUGGCCUCGGUCAAUUCAAUAUCGUCUGAGAAAGAUCAUGAUGAGGAGCGUGACAUCAUGCAUGACGAUGGGAUUGAAGAUGAAGAACAUGAAGAGUUCAGCAUGGAAUUGGAUGCAGCUCAACAGAAACACCUCGAGUAUAACCAGCGACUAGAUGAGUUCCUUCAACCCCUUUGCUUGGAAGAGGCUGUGUUGUACAGACUCGCGCGUCGUUUUUCCGGCACAUACCGCCAUUUGGCCUUGACUUCGGAUGAGCAGUUUUUACCCACCCCUGUCACCCAACUACCAACGGGAGAAGAAACAGGUCGCUAUUUAGCGAUUGAUGUUGGAGGGAGUAACUUGCGGGUUGCAUUUAUUGAGUUACUGGGCGAAGUGGACGACUCGGAUGUAUCUGCAGACGCCUCGGAGAGAUCGCGCGACACCAUUCGCAAGGCUCAGCGUCAGCGAGUGAAACGAACACUGGAGCGAGCAUGGCCAAUCCAGGAGCAUUUGAAAAUGGACAAGGCUGAGGAUUUGUUUGCUUGGAUUGGUGAUUGCAUUGCCGAGGUGGUUGCCGAGAGUCUCACUUCCGAUGCAACCAGGAAAGAUAUCCCUGCCGAAUUAGAUAUGGGGAUCACCUUCAGUUUCCCUAUCAUGCAAGAAUCUCUUGCGGAGGCUACAUUGAUGCCCAUGGGUAAGGGGUUUGCCAUUUCUUCAAAUCUCAAUCUUCGCGACAUUCUUCUAAACGGGUAUGAGAAACAUACAAGACGGCCAGAUGAUGAAGAAGAGCCUUCCUCCAAACGUCGAAAGUUGUUUGCCUUACCCAAACUGAAGAUCCAAGCCAUCACAAAUGACACAGUCGCAACGCUAGCUUCACUCGCCUAUGCGGUCAAAUCCUUGCCAAACAGUCGAGUUGCCAUGGGAAUUAUCGUUGGAACGGGAUGUAAUGCAACAAUUCCGAUGAAGCUCAGUGAGCUGCACGAGUCUAAGGCAAAAAGUGUCAAUAUGAUGGAGCCGGAAGCCACGGAGACUAUCGUCAACACUGAGUGGACAAUUUCCGGUGCUGCACCUCCACUCUCCGAGUUGGAAAUUACUACUGAAUGGGAUAUCGCAUUGGACAAGGCCUGCGCACGCCCUGGCUUCCAACCCUUUGAAUAUAUGACCGGAGGACGAUACAUUGGUGAAUUGAUCCGUCUGAUCCUGUUCGACUAUCUCACUACCGUGACGGGGCUUUCGAAACGAAUCCUGCCCGCAAAUCUCAUUCAAGAAUAUGCUCUCACCACCACUUACAUUUCUGACAACGUCGCCCGAGCUCGGUCGGAUCAAGAUCUAGCCAAGGAGCUCAACGAAUCUCUCCCUCCCCCAGAGAGUAGCGACUGGCAUUGGGAUGCCCGUACGGCGGGUGCCUUCCGCCGAAUUGCUCGGGCAGUACAAAGACGAUCGGCCGGACUGAUCGCCGCUGCUGUCAUUGGAUUACUAGCCUGCUGCCGCGAAAUUGAGCUGAAGGAAGACAGCAAUGUGAACACGCCGGAGAAUGCGGCCUCUCCACAAAGCAAUGGCGACGUUUCCGCUGUCGUCUCUGAUACUGUUGGUAGUACCCAACCAGCUUCCCUCACUCACAAUAUUCAUGGUCACGUUGUUCCGGUCUUACAGCCUAUGCCGACAGAUUGGCAAUUUGGACCCGAGGAACUGGUAGUAGCAUACACUGGUGGUAUCAUUCAACACUACCCGCAGUUCAAAGAAAUGUGCCAACAACACAUUGAUCGUCUGAUUAUGCGGACUGGUCCGCAAAGGGGAGGCAAAUCUGUUUUCUUGCGAGAAGCUUCGGAUGGCGGCGUUAUCGGUGCGGGUGUUUUGGCUGGGAUGGUUGUCAGCAAGUAA